ACUCGGAGACUUUCGCAGGGAGGUUUUCCAAGACGCUCAAGAGGUCAACAGGUGCAGAAUGGAGGCGGGCGCCUUCCUGGAAAAGGUCGGUCGGACUCAGCGGAGAAGCGAGGCCACAUAAGGGGGAGAUUCCGGAACUGAAUGUAAAAAGACUUCUCUGCCGGGAGCUUUCCGGACCCACUUGCGUGAGGUACCUAGUCUGGUUACCCUGGUAACAGGCGUCACGGUUUGUAAGGAAACUGAGAGAAGAGACUUAAGAGACCUAUUCACCUCAAUCAUGGAAUCAUCCUCAAAGGGUCUGCUCACCCAAGUUAAUCAGUUAUGGAACCUCUUAGAUGAUCUGGCUGAAAGUAACCCUGAGAGCUACAAGAAGUUCAUUCAACAGCAGCUGAAAGAGGGCAAACAGCUCUGUGCUGUUCCAGAACCACGGCUGUGUCUACAAACAAGAAUCCUGAAACCAAAAGAAAAAAUACUUUUUAUCAACCUAUGUCAGUGGAAAAGGAUUCCAGCUCCACAAUCAGCCACUCAUCCAGUACCUCUAAGUGUUGGCAGACCAGAAGAUGUGUCUGAAACAUCAGAUAUUUACACAGUUAUCGAUGUUGCCUACAACCCUGAUGUUCUCCAGGCAGCAGAAAAGGACCAAGUGAAAAAAGAUCAGUUAAUACGGAUGGCCAUGAAAUGCAUUGAGGAACAAUUCCAGUUUACUCUCUCACACUUUUACCAUAUUACUAAAUUUAAAAUAAAAGGAAGCAUUCAAAAGAUGAAACAAAAUCUAAUGAGAAUUCAAACCGACCCCACAGAUUUAAGACAGAACAUGAGAAAGGAACUAACCCUUGAGCAGAUAAGAAGCAGUACUGUGAGCAAUCCAGAUCACAUCCCUCAACUUUUACUGCCAAAAGACCAAGUUUCAGACAAAAAAAGGUGUCUGAUAGAAGAGAUUUCCAGUACAGAAAUCCAGGUGGAAAUGGAGACACCAGCCUAUGAAUUAAAAAUUGUGGCAGAUCAGAAUGAGAAACCACUUAAAAUUGAAUUAAAAGUUGAAUUACCUGGUAUUAAUUCAGUAUCUGUCUGUGACCUUAGUGUUUCUCAGGAUGAUUUGUUGAUUGAGGUUUCUGAGAAGUACAAAUUACAUCUGAAUCUUCCAGAAUCUGUGGAUACUGAAAUGACUACAGCAAAAUUUAUCAAAGAGAAAGCUACAUUAAUUGUCACAAUGCCAUUGGUGUAAGUCAAGAGCAUUAUGUUUUUCUGGUUUUCAGUGAUAAAAUUAUGUGAAUUAUAGGACCUUCAUUAUGGGUGAAGAGAUAUUGGUUUACCUUAAACACUAGUUUCAUAUUUUCUAAGAGUCCCUUUUGAUGAAAUGAGAUUUUCUCAUCAGCUGUUACCUUGAAAAAAAAAAUUUCCUCAAAUAAAUUU